GUUGAUUUCCCGCCUUUAGAUUGGCAUAUAAAUCUACCUAAUACUGGCUAAAAAUCCAAAUCAACAGCAUCUUUUCUUCGAAUGAUUUAGUUUUUAAUAUAUGGAAGACUAUUGCUAGCUUUACAGUUAGGCGGUAAUAACCCCCCUUCUUCGUCACUUUCUGGAAACACAUAAGUUUUAUGCCAGGUUUUCAACCGUUAAUAGCACCUAUUCUGUCACUCAGAGUGUAGGCUGUUCACCAGUCAUUAGCAUAUUACAGGCUCUUUAACACUGACAAUUUUGAUCUACAAAAUUUUCAUCUUUAUAGUUCUAAACAUCAUGGAUAAACCAGGUGUGAAAAGAUUGGCUUUAUCAAGAAGCCGGGUUCCAUCAAAUAGUUCUACUCCAAGUGGAAUAUCCAGACGAGGCACUUCCACCCCAACUGGAAGCUCUAAUAAAAAUAGAAGUUGUAACUAUUCACCAAUAACCAACUUAGACUUUUCAAAAUCAUCAGCAGGAUCAAUUGAUAAACCAGAACCUAAACUUCUUAAACCUCUUGGGCCUUCAUUUCCACAAAGCUCAACAGAAAAAAAGUCUCUUUCAAAACCAAAACUUUCUACUGAAGAGCAAUCUACACUGCUGUACAUGACCUAUCAACAACAACAUUUUCUAAAUAAUCAACUUGAAGAAUCUAAAGAAAGUGUGUUGGCAGACUGCAAGAAACAGGUAGAAGAUGUGUGGCAUUUGAUUAAGAUGAAGGAAAGUAAAAUCACCCAAAUAAAGGAAAGAAUGGAAUUGGAAAAAAUGCGUUUGCAGUUAACUUCUCAUGUGAAGGAAAUACAGCCAGUUGUGAAGCAAACAGCAGACGUACUUGACGUUGUAACCCCCAAAGUCGAAGAGCUAGCGCAAGGAUUGGACACAUAUCGGCAUCAAAUCAAAUUGGUUGAGAUUAAUGAAUUUAAAAAUGAAGAUGCGGAUGAAUUGGUCCGUUCAUUUGAAAUGAAUGCCAUUCUUUGCAAAAAAAUUGAAACGGAAAAGCUGCACGAAGUUAUGAAAACGGCCCACAUUGUGUCAGAGGUUGACAGGAAAACUUCAAGCCAAAUCAAGAUUAUGGAAGAGGUUCAACGUAUGAACUUCCAAACGAUAACGCGACUCGGACAAGAAAUUACCCUGAGCGAAGGAAAAAAGGAUUACAAGAAACUAUGCGAUCUUGAUGUGUGAACUUGCACCUACAGUUGCAAAAUGGGGAAGAUUCGUCAAAAAAAAUCCGUCAGAAAAAAACCUACACGUUGUUUUUUUUCGUCCUUAUUAGGUAUUUGUUUUAGUAUUUUAAUUUUGAUAAUAAAGGCUAAUUCGAUACGGUC